AUGUCGUUAUCCCCGUCUGGCAGAAAAUCUCGUCGUAAUUGGGCGGCAUCCAAGUAUCCCCAGGCCACAAGAGUGGUGCGCAUAACGAGCGGAUACUAUUUCAAGACCAGGGCGAAUCGGGUUUGGGGGCCAGAUAUACGGCUGGCGCCCACAACAUCAGACGGGCAUCCUAUAUUCUCGUUCCUGUAUCAGGCCUCCCCCCUCCUCUACCCAGGGGUAUGUGUGCACAUGACGUCUGAUUACCAAGAUACCCGUUACACCUCCUAA